AUGGAUAAAAUAAAGGUGCCUGAAGAUGUUCGAAAUUAUUUGAUGGAAGCAUAUUCGUUGAGUCAGCAGGUGAUUCUUUUCUUUAAUUUAUAUUUUUGUUUUCACCAAAUUAAAAUUACUUUUUUUCCUUUUUGCAGUGGUCACUACCAAAUGAACGAGGAAAUUAUGAAAGUGCAAAAGUUUUGGGGGAAAUUCGAGAGGUUGCAGUUAUUGGAGGUGGAACUAUGGGAAGAGGAAUUGCGAUUGCAUGUGCGAGAGCUGGUUAUAAAACAAUAUUGGUCGAAAAUGAUCAAAAGGUAACUUAAAAUUGCUACUUAAGGCUUAUGAAAUUUUGUCAGGCUCUUGAUUGGUGUCAACGUGAACUUGAUAUAACUUAUACCCGUGAAAAACAAUUCAAACGUCUUGAUGAUCAAAAAAUCUUGAAGAUCAAAUCGGCUCUGCAUUUUACCACGAAUUUGGAAGACUUGAAAAAUUGUGAUCUGAUAAUUGAAGCAGUUUUUGAAAAUAUGAAACUGAAAAAGGAACUUUUUUCAAAACUUGAUAGAAUUUGUCGAGAUGAUUGUAUUUUUGGAACAAAUACAUCAAGUUUAGAUAUUGAUGAAAUGAGUUUGUGUCUUCGAAACAACACAAAACUCGUUGGAAUACAUUUUUUCAAUCCGGCAAAUCUUAUCAAAAUGGUUGAAAUUGUUUAUGGAUCAAAUACAUCACAAAAUGCCGUUGCAACUGCUUUCGAAGUUUGUAAAACCAUCAAAAAAUUGCCAGUUCUUGUUGGCAAUUGUCCAGCUUUUCUAUUCAAUCGACUUCUUGCUGUCUAUUUGGAACAAACUGAAAAACUUCUUUAUAUUUAUGGUUUGACUCCUCAACAUGUUGAUGAAAUUGUGAGAAAUUUUGGAUUUUUGAUGGGACCGCUGACAAUGGCAGAUAUGAAUGGAAUUGAUGUGAUGGAAAAAUUGAAAAAAGAAAAUAAUUGGCCAUUGAAUCCGAUUGAAACUGAAUUAUUGAAAAGAAAAAGAUAUGGAAGAAAAACAAGUAAGUUUUCAAAUUUUGAAAAUUGAUCACUGAAUUUAUUUUUUCAGACAAGGGAUUCUAUAAAUAUGACGAAAAAACACACAAAAAAGAGAAUGAUAUGGAAGUUGAACAAAUAAUUCGUGAAAUAUCAAAUGGAAUUCAAACCAAUAUUCAAUUGAUUUGUGAUCAAGAUGUUAUUAAUUUCCUACUUUAUCCAAUGGUAAAUGAAGGAUUUCUGUGCCUCGAAGAAGGAAUUAUUCAACACGAAUGCUUGAUUGAUAUUAUGUUGUAAGUUCUAAGUUUUGUUUUUCGAAUCCUGUAUAUUUUUCAGUAUCCUUGGAUUCGGUUGGCCUCCAUCAAUCGGUGGACCAAUGAGAUUUGGAAGAUCGGUUGGGAUGGACAAAUUAUCAAAUACUUUGUCGCUUUGGUCAUCUCUCGAGCCAAAAGAUCGAGCAUAUAAGCUUUCUGAAACUGUGAAGAAGGCUAAACUCGAAUCUUUGAGAUCUAAAAUUUAA